UGCUAGCUGUUUCGAAAAUGAAACUGGCUUGUAUCUGAGUUCGAGAGGGAACGAAGAGAAAACGAAAACAAGACGGUUAUCAGAUAAAAUCCCCGGGAUUUCGAUCAAGGUUUUAAUCUGACGCAUCGGAGGCAGGGGAAACGAAAGGCUGGGAAUGUUGAGUAACCACCAGAGCUGGAAAGGACGUACUGCACUGCAAUGGAGUCUGUAGCAGUGGGUUUGGCUACUUGGUGAGACUGAAGCCUCUGUCAGUAUGGCGCACUUUGACACAGAGUACCAGCGUCUGGAGGCGUCCUACAGCGACUCUCCCCCUGGAGAGGAGAACCUGCUGAUGCAUGUGCCUGAAGGAGCCAAAUCCCAAUGGCACCACAUAGAAAACCUGGACCUGUUUUUCCAGAGAGUCUAUAAUCUGCAUCAGAAGAAUGGAUUCACCUGUAUGCUGCUGGGAGAGAUCUUUGAGCUGGUUCAGUUGCUAUUUGUGGUUGGCUUCACAGUGUUCCUAGCUAACUGUGUAGAUUAUGACAUCCUCUUUGCCAACAAGUUUGUAAAUCACACUGAUUCAUCUAAAGUCACCUUGCCGGAUGCCUUCCUCCCAGUGAAUGUCUGCAGUGCCCGUAUCCAAGACAAUGCAUUUGUGAUCUUUGUGCUGAUAAUCUCUGGGGUGUUUUGGCUACAUCGGCUGGUCAAAUUUAUCUACAACGUCUGCUGCUAUUGGGAGAUCCGAUCUUUCUAUAUCAACGCCCUCAAGAUGACCAUGUCAGAGCUCCCCUAUGCAACAUGGCAGGAGGUUCAGGCCAGGAUAGUGGAGAUCCAGAAGGAACACCAGAUCUGCAUACACAAAAAGGAACUUACAGAGCUUGAUAUUUACCACCGCAUUCUCCGCUUUAAAAACUACAUGGUCGCUAUGGUGAAUAAAUCACUCCUUCCUGUGCGAUUUCGACUUCCUGUACUUGGGGAGUGUGUGUUCUACACCCGGGGUCUCAAGUACAACUUUGAGCUCAUCUUCUUUUGGGGGCCAGGCUCUCUAUUUGAGAAUGAGUGGAGCCUAAAAACAGAGUAUAAGAGAGGAGGCAACAGGCUUGAGCUGGCUGACAGGCUAGCGUCUCGUAUCCUGUGGAUUGGCAUUGCCAAUCUGCUGCUGUGUCCGGUCAUUCUGGUGUGGCAGAUCCUCUAUGCCUUCUUUAGUUACACUGAGGUGAUCAAGCGAGAGCCUGGUUCUCUGGGAGCGAGAUGCUGGUCUCUCUACGGUCGCUGCUACCUGCGUCACUUCAAUGAGCUGGACCACGAGCUCAUGUCACGUCUCAGCAAAGGCUACAAGGCUGCAUCCAAGUAUAUGAACUGUUUCCUUUCACCACUGCUGACAGUGGUUGCCAAAAAUGUAGCGUUUUUUGCUGGGUCCCUCCUGGCCGUUCUCAUCGCCCUGACCAUCUAUGAUGAAGACGUUCUUGCAGUGGAACAUGUUCUCUCAUCAAUCACACUGCUGGGAGUGUGUAUCACAGUCUGCAGGUCAUUUAUUCCUGAUAAACACAUGGUGUUUUGUCCUGAGCAGCUGUUGCGGGUUAUCCUGGCUCAUAUCCACUACAUGCCUGACCAUUGGCAGGGUAAUGCACAUAGAUAUGAGACCCGGGACCAGUUCUCCCAGCUCUUCCAGUACAAAGCAGUGUUUAUUUUAGAGGAGUUGCUAAGUCCAGUAGUGACUCCAAUCAUCCUCAUCUUCUGUCUGAGGAGAAAGUCUCUGGAGAUCAUUGAUUUCUUCAGGAACUUCACAGUGGAGGUGGUUGGGGUGGGAGACACCUGCUCCUUUGCCCAGAUGGACAUCAGGCAGCAUGGACACCCUGCGUGGAUGUCGGCGGGCAAGACAGAGGCGUCUAUCUACCAACAGGCAGAGGAUGGAAAGACGGAGUUAUCUCUAAUGCACUUUGCCAUUACCAACCCUCAGUGGCAACCUCCGCAAGAGACAACACACUUCAUCAGCCAGUUGAAAGAAAGAGUUCACAGAGAGGCCACGGGGGCUCCUACGGACACACAUCCACUCUCACUGUCAGAGUCUGAGCCAAGGAGCCUCAUUGCAAACCUCUUGGCAGGUCCCUCUACACUGGCCUCUGUUCAUUUUGGCAGGGACGGCUCUUUGACCAAUCACGCAGCAGCUGGCAUAAGUGAUGGAGCAUCUGCCUUGCGCUCCCUUUCCCCAAUCAGCAGCAGUCUGCACCUGAGAGGUAGUUUGAGUGCAGCUCACAGGACUGCUGGCCACACUUCAGCCAUGAGCAAGGCAAUGGCAGGCUCUGGGACUGAUGCCCGAACUGUGAGCUCGGGCAGCAGUGCAUGGGAGGGUCAACUCACGAGUUUGGUCCUAUCGGAGUACGCCUCCACUGAGAUGAGCAUCCAUGCACUUUACAUGCAUGAGCUUCAUAAACAGCAGUCUCGUGGCGAGGUGUCUCGUCACACCUGGCACAGGCAGGAGAGUGAUGAAAGCAGUGAUAGUAUCCCUGAUGAAGUGAGGAGCCAUCCCAAUCCUCAUUCUAGAAAUUUCCCCCGCUCACAUACUUUCCCCACCACAGUUCCCAGUCCUAGUGCCAUUCCCACUUCAGCUUCAGCAAACAGCAGUGCCAUCGUGGGCCAUCAGGGGGCAUCAUCACAGGGCAGCAGCCAUCGGCGCCAUAGUGGACCUACCACAGACUGUUUUGGUGCAGGGUGGAAGGUAGUGAGGUCUGCCCGUGUGCCCAUGGGAGGCUGGGCAGAGGAGGACCAGGCAGCACCACGACAGCACGAGCCGCUACCAGAGGAGAGCUCAGAGGACGAAAUGCCUCCUCACAUACACAAGGUUACAUAAUCAAGUCAUGUGACUAAGUAUCAGCACCCUACCUUCCAUAGAUAACCACAACAAACACACACCCUCACCCUUGACCAAACCUUUCUCCAGGAUUGGCCAUCUGAUCAGACACAGAUGAAGAUGGAAAUGUACCAUGAUCCCUACAAAUACGCAAGUAGUAAAACCAUCUGGACAAGUUUAGAUUGAUUUAUGAGAACCAUGACUUACUAAAUGACUUCCUACAUGCCUUAACAGGCAAACAGGGUAAAUCUCUGAACUUGUGUAUCAGAAGAGGACCUAAAGGAUCAAGUUCUUUCCAAUAGUCAUUGGUACCGUCAGAUUACACUACACUUUUUUAUAAUGUCUAAGGAUUACAAAAUGAAAGUGCAUGUGUUGCUGCGAUGUAACAUAAAUUGUGAACACUCAGCACUGCUGCCAUAGAAAAAUACAGAACAAAUUGAACAAACUAUGAUCACAAUAGUCCAAACUGUGCUCUUUUCACAAUCAGAUGGUGUGAGAAGUGAAAUCUGAAGAAUGUAUUGUGUCUCUAUAACAAUAACAACAUUCAAAAUGUUGGUUACAUACAGACUUUCAUUGUGUAUAUCUGUUCUUGUACCAGUAGCAAAAGGCUGUGCAUCGUGCUCUGUGCUCUGUUUCAGCUUGUAUUCUGCCUCUUCGCAAAAAAUAUUAAGGCCUCAAACAGUAUAAAAUUCAGUUGAUAUUUUUCAAUUACAUAUUUUACUCCUUAGAGUUUUUUUUUUUUUUUUUUAAAUUUCAUUCUGGAUUCAUUAAAUUUCAAAGUUCAAGUGAAUUUCCUAAAAUGUUCUGAAACUUUUCCUGAAGUUUGGCUCUGUUUGCACAGAUAGAUGCUAAUUUUAAAGAUAGAUUGUACAAAGAAGCCUGGUAUUGUGCAUGCACACAUGCACUAUGUACAUAAAUGUUAUCAGGUCAAGUAGCCUGCAGCCAUACAGAAUACUGAAUACAUCACUUUAACACAGUUGUAGGGUAUUUUAUAUAAUCAGAGAUGUUGAAUGCAAACACAUUUUAAUCUGAGGUUUUUAGGUUUUUACUGUUUACCAUUCAUUAUUUUACAACAGACUAGCUAAAAGGUGCGGCAGACAAAUAAGGCUGUUAAGCAUGUAAUAUUGACUUCUGUGCCAUACAAGAAGCCCCCAAUCACAAGUGCAUGACUGUCAUCCACUCAUCUUCUGAAGAGUUGUAACUAUAUCACCCCACAGCAAAAAUACUGACCAUCCUCCAUGUCCUGCCUAACCACAGCAUGAUUUUCCUCUGUUCCUCUAUCAUUAAUCCGCAAUUCUUUAAAAGAAUUAUGCACUUUAAAAAUUUGUUGAUGGAGAGGGUGUCACUUAUCUUGGAUUGUUUGUAUGUUUUCAUAUAUAUAUUUUUUAAUUAUUUUAUUUAUCAAAAGGGAUGUGCCAUGAUGAUUGACAGUUGUAAAUCAAGGUUGUGUUUUCUGUUGUGCAUUUUGAUCAGGAUAAAAAGCUGUGUCACACUGCUGAACUGAUAAUAUGGUCUAGGAUGCAGUGAUCCAGUGUGGUAAAGUUAGAUUAAAGGUGAUUACUGUUGUUUUUUGUUUGUUGUUUUAUAAAUCCUGUAAAAUACCAUUUUGUACAGCUGUAAUUUCAUCCAUUAAAGACAAAUGGUAAAUGGA